AUGGCGUCGGAGGAGGUGCUGCUGCGAGCCGUUGGCAAGCUGCAGGGGCGCCUGGCCACCAGGACCCGCCCUGACAAGCUCCAGAAAUACUUGCAGCAGCUCUCCGCCUUGCCCCUCACCCCACACAUCCUGCAGGAGACAGGUGUCAGAAAGAUGGUCAAGAGCUUGCGCCACCACGAGCUCCUUGGCGGCCUGGCCAGGGACUUGGCGGCCCGGUGGAAGAAGCUGGCUCUUCUGGAGGUCGACCCCGGGCGUGCUGCGCACGACUCCCAACUUGCAAAGGAAAUCACGGACUCGGGCUCCCGAGAAAACUCGAGGGCCCCCAGCAGUCCAUCCCGCCCUACGGGGCAUGGACCCCAAAAGCACAGAGACCUGGAGGAGUCUCCGAGACCUCGCGAGAGGAGAGAAGACAGGAGCAAGAAGCGCCCCCCGCUGGCAGCGUUGCCUGCACCCUGGCGCUCCUGGGAUGGCUGCCCUGCUCAGGCCUCCGGGGGGCCUACCGGUCCUCAUCCGAUGUCCGGGGAGCACUCCGCUUCCCCGGAGGACACUGAGCCCUCCGCUCGUGGCCGCGUGCCUGUCGAAGGCCAGGAUCGUCAUUUUCAGGCCACCACGGGACUCCCGCGAGCACGUCCCCUGCAAGGACCCCGGGGGAAACACGACCUGCUGCCCAAAGCAAGAGAGACUGAUGACGACCUCGAAGAUGCCAACGACGGAGAGCCAGAGGAGGAGUUCUUGGAGGCGCCCACUAUGUCUUUCGAGGCGUACCUCACGUAUGAUGACCAGCCUCGGAAGAAGAAGAGAAAGGUGAAGACUUCGGCCAAGGCACGGAAAGCAAAAGCUUCCAAGAGGUCCAGCCAACACCUGGACUCGGCGGAGAACUUUCCUCCUCUGGUGAUUGGAAAGCAGUCGGCGGGGCCCCAGCCUGCCCAAGGCCAAGGCAGUUGGGCCGGGAUGCAAGGGGUCUCCCGAGAAGCCGCUGCGGUGCUGCCUCCCACGCCAUCCCCCAGCCUGUGGGACCCACCCAGUCCCCCUCCUGAUGAUGAUGAUGCGCUGAUGAGCUUCUUUGCACCCAAUGCAACAGCGCUCUCUUCACCACAGGAAGAGGAAGAAGCUGGCUUCACGGGAAUCAGAACUAAUUCCAGGACACCCGUGUACUCUGGUGGCAAACGUGGCCGUCUCGCCCAAACGACCUGGCUCCCACGGGGCAGCCAGGGAGUUGCAGACCAGGAUUCCCUGUGGGAAGAGAGGGCGCUCCCGCAUUCUCUGUUCGGGUCUGCUUUGGAGAAAUGCACACCCGAGCAGCUGUCCCACGCGGAGAGAUGCCACCAAGGGACCGCCGAGGAGACAGAUCAGCUAUGGAGACUGCACUGUGGCCAAGAAUUUAAGGGAGAAACGCCUAAGGAGAACGAGUCUUGGAGGGAGAUGUACCUGCGGCUUCAGGACGCCCGAGAGCAGCGACUGCAAGCACUCACCUCGAAAAUACGAUCCAGACAUCCUCAAGAGCCCCGAGGCCCACAAACAAAGAUGGUCUAUUUCAAGUCACCUGGUGAGGUUCCAGCGAGGCACGGCCAGUUUGGGACACUAGCAGCGGCUGCCUCAGGAAGACCCAACUUCCAACCAGCCCAGCACCCCAGGGGAGGCAGUGACACGCCCUCCAGCACCAGCAGCAACAGCAGCAACAGCAGCAGCAGCAGCCGCAGCAGCAGCAGCAGCCGCAGCAGCAGCAGCAACAGCAGCAGCAGCUUUGAUGCUAGAAGUGAGACUGCAGCAGAGGCCUCUGGGAACCCUGUCAGAGCUCACCGCCCGGCACCAGUGGCCAACACCAGAAAACCCAAGGCUAAGGAAAUCCCCCCACUCUUGGCCAAGACCCUUAAGGACUACAGAAGACUCAUAUCCCGAAGAUGA